CAUACUCCUGAGCCCGGGUCCAGCGAUGAGCACCUCCAGCAUCUUCCUCUGCGUCCUGUUCCUCUGUGGGACUCUGGGUCUCACCACUUCCCCUGCCCGGGGACGGCUCCGCUGUUACACCUGCAGCUUCGCCAAACCCUGCUACCCGGUUCCCACUGAGUGUCAGGAUGAUGAAGCUUGUGGCAUCAGUAUCGGCACCUCAGACCAGAACGAGAUCAUCCAGCGGAAAGGCUGCCUCCCCAGGGCCCAGUGCCCUCUGCAGGGCCAUGCCACCUACUGGUUACGCUCCUACGCUCUGCGGCACCACUGCUGUGAGCAGGACCUGUGCAACGUGGCCACCACUCCACAGUGGCUCCCCAGCCUCCUCCUCACCACCCUGCUCCUCCUUGCAGCCAUCUUCGUGUGGGGAGGCCACCUCCUCCACUAG